AUGCCAACCGGAGUACAAAAGCCUACCCGUCGUUUUCAUAAGAAAUCCCGCACCGGUUGUACGCAAUGUCGGUCCCGUCGGAUCAAAUGCGAUGAGACGCAUCCAGUUUGUCGAAACUGUCAACGUGCAGGCAUGGUCUGUCAUUAUACUGUGCAGAGCUCGCCAAACACAGGAGCAGCUCAGAGCAUCCCCGGGCCGUUGUCACUUCCCGAGUCCCGUACAUCUUUUGAUAUGCUGGACUUGACUCUGAUGCACCACUACACAGCCGUGACAUCUGUCUCGCUCUUCGGCGAGGAACAGAAGGAGCUCUGGCAGGCAGAGGUUCCGACGAUGGCGUGUUCAAGCCCGCUGCUCAUGCAUGGGUUAUUAGCCACUGCUGCCCUACACAUGGCAUUCUUCUGUAAAGACUCGCCGUCCGCAUUUAUAAACCGCGCAUUGCAUCACCAUAGUCUUGGACUGGAACUGUUCAAUGCUGAGAUCUCGACCCUUUCGGCGGAAAAUGGCAAGAGCCCUCUAUUGUUCACGUUCGGUCUUAUCUUGGUGAUCUGGGCGUACGCAUCUCCAACCCUCCCAAAUGCCGUCACCACCACCGCAGACGAGUCAGACCUGGACACACUUCUCUCUUCUCUGGACCUUGUCCGCGGCAAUAAAAUAAUCUUUGAAAUCUCCGCCGAGAUCAUACUCUCCCAACCAAUUGGCCGCUUCUUGAAACCACUCGAAGAAUUCGCCCGUCCACGCGCUCUCCCACAGCCGAUACAGGCAGCGCUGACAGAUCUACGCAAGAAUGUUGAUGACUUUGUCGAAUCAAUGGCAAUUGACCAGCUCGAGCGGUAUCUACUAGAUACAGUCUCUACCUCUGCCAAUGACAUGCGCCGACCUCUUGGCUGGCCAGCCCUGGCCGAGGCACCCUUCUGGGAACGCGUUCGCAAACAUAGGCCCGCCGCGCUGCUGAUCUUUAUGCACUAUGCCAUAAUUUUGGCCUACUAUGAGCCGCGGACUUGGUGGAUGCAGGGGUGGUCUGAAAGGCUGGUUGGCGCUGUCAACCAUGUGCUGGUCAAGCAGGACAAGAACCGGCCUGACUGGGGCUUUUGUGCGGGGAGGCCUGAGCGCAACCGACGCACUGCCGCCGUGAAGCCUUCAUCCGACUCGGUCGCUCCCCGGCUAAUCCUACCGUGA